AUGACGCGUUCGAGCGGCGUACUCGAGGAAGGCUGUCCCACUUCCGACGCCUCCUCUUCGAUCCCGGAAAACGAGCGGAAGCGCAGCGGGGCUGGGUCCAAGAGCCGCUCUCAGGAGGCGCGGGAAGCAAAGCGAAUGGAGACGCAGCCGGCGGACUCAACGGGAACAGACGAAGCACAGGCCUCGGCGAACGCGCGAUCCGGCGAGGAGAGCGGCAAGAGAAGGAAGAAGGCGGAAGCAGACGGAGCGGCGCCGAUGAAAGCAAAGAAGAGGAAAGGCGACGCCCAGGGCGUUAAGCACGAGCGUGUGGAUGACGAGGAUAACAGCUCAGAGAACGCCCUUUCCUGCGCAGACGCCGAGGCGGAUGGGAGGGUAAAGGAACCCGAGGAGCGGAAGAAGUCUAGAAAAAGUCGAGCGCGGCAACCCCCCGCCUCGGAAGACUCAACUGAGAGCGGGGAGGGGCCAGGAUCCGAGCCGGUCUCUCCCCCAGCGGACUCCUCAGCCUCUGGUUCCUCCGUCGUCAAAGUGAUUCGGAAAAGGGGCGAAGGAGGCCUUCUCGACACCUCGCAGACGUUUGAGGAAUUCAGUUCACUCUACCUUGACAGACGCUUGGCGCGUGCAGCCGUACAGCAAAUGCAGCUGCAGCAUCCCACGCACGUCCAGGCACAGGUGAUUCCCUUGGCUCUUCAAGGGAAGGAUCUUCUCGCGCAGGCGCGCACCGGCAGCGGAAAGACACUCGCCUACGCCCUGCCGCUGCUCCAGCGCUUGCUGGAGAGACGCGAAGAAGAAAAGGCAACGCAGCCAAGACCCGAGGGCCUCGAGGCGCUCGUCCUGGUCCCGAGCAAGGAACUUUGUCUGCAGAUUCACGACGUCUUUGUGGCGCUCCUGAAGUACUGCCGAGACUUGAUCACCGUGAACCACACUGCAUUGGCGUCUUCGGGCUCUCUUCUGCCUUUCCUGCCGCCUUCCAUUCUGAUUGGAACGCCCGCGGGAGUGGUGGCGUACUUGGGGAAACUCGACAGCAGCGCGUCAAUCAAGAGUUUGCUGCAGCGAAACCUCAAAGUGCUUGUCGCCGACGAGGCCGACUUGCUGCUUUCCUUCGGCUUCGAAAGCGAAAUGGCCCGACUUCUCGCCUGCUUGCCGGCAACGGCCGAGAGACACUACCAAGCCCUCCUCGUCUCCGCGACGCUCAACGAAGAGGUUGCGCAGUUACAGCAGAUGCUUUUGCAUAAAGCGGUGAUGGUGGAGAUUGAUGACACUCUCCAGCAAGCGUCGUCUCAGCUGUCUGAAUUUUAUCUCUCGUUACCGAAACCCGGCGACAAGUGGGUUGUCCUCUAUGCUUUCCUGAAGCUCGAUCUCGUCCCUCGGAAGUGCCUCAUCUUCACUUCCGGCGUCUCCAGCGCCUACGCCGUUCGCAUUUUCCUUGAACGCUUCGGCAUCAGCUGCGGCGUCCUGAGUCCGACGCUCUCGCUUGAGUCUCGUCAGUCCCUGAUUCAGGCAUUCAACAAAGGCCUCCUCGAAAUUCUCAUCACGACUGACGGCGCUUGGGACGAAGACGCACAAGCUGACGAGGGAGAAGAGGAAGACGAGGGAGAAGAGGAAGACGAGGGAGAAGAGGAAGACGAGGGAGAAGAGGAAGACGAGGGAGAAGAGGAAGACGAGGGAGAAGAGGAAGACGAGGGAGAAGAGGAGGAAGAUGAAGACGAAGAGGAAGAAGACGCAGAUGAAGACGCAGACGAAGACGAAGAUGGAAAAAUGAGUUCUGAGGAGGAAGACGAAUCGGACGACGCCAGCGCAGAGGCUGCGGCGGAAGCAAUCCGCAAAGACGCAUCCUCUGAAGGCGGCGAGGCUCCGAAAAAGCGAGAGGCUUUCAAGCGCAUGCCGGACGACGAAUUCGGAAGUCACAGAGGCUUGGAUCUCCAGAGCGUUGCAUGCGUUCUCAGCUUCGACAUGCCUCGAAGUGUCCGAAGCUACAUUCACCGAAUUGGGCGCGCAGGCCGUGGCGGCGCCCAGGGCGUGUCCGUCUGUCUAGUCAGCCAAACGGCCGCUCGGGAGGUUCUUCUUCUUCGCAAACUCGUUCAGCUCAGACGCGAGGGAAAUAGCGGUGGAUCGACAGCAUUGAAGCCGCUCUCGCUGCGUCUCCAGGACGUUGAAUGUUUCCGGUACCGCGUGGAAGAUGUUUGUCGCGGCGUGACGAAGCGUGUCAUCGCAGCCCUCGUGGCGAAGGAGCUGCAACAGGAAGUCUUGCGGUCGCGAAAGAUGAAAGAUUUCUUCCGCCGGAAUCCGCGAGACGAAGAAGUCCUGCGCGCCGCAUGCAAACAGCUAAAGGAUCGCGCUCUGGCGGGCCGUGGCCAUCUUCAGCACUUGCCGGCGUAUCUCCUCGCACAAACCCCUCCGGCGCAGAAAACAGCCGUGCAGCUGGCCGUGGAGGCGCAGGCCGUGCAGGGUACGCAGGCGACGCAAGAGAAGCGCGGUCUGAAGCGUCGGACGCUCGUUGAUCCUCUCAAGAGCUUCAAGGCUGGAAGUGACAAGCGGCGCCCGGGAAGGCCCGGCCGAGGGCCUCGCGCCCAACGCGGUCGUCGCCAGAUCACCCGAGAGAGUCAGCUGGCGCGGGAACCGAACCACGCAGAGACUGCGCCUGAGCACCUGCCUGCAUUGUCAGGAAGGAAACUGUGGAAAAUGAAGCACAACAAGAACCUGUCGAAGAACCAGCCGAAAGGCAACUUCUUAAGGGUGAAGAAGGGCAAAAGGCGACACUGA